CCGCAACGAGACCGAGUUGUUGUUCUGAUAAAGGAGGAAAAUUUCAGUCACACACAGGGUCGACAAUCAAUCUAUCAAUCAAUCUCAUGGAAAUGGAGGAGCUUCAACGGUUUUCGGGUGAAGAAGCUAUCUAUCUGUCUGUCUGUCUGUUUGGAUUUUGCGACGUCGUAACCGUCGUCAUCUCACCAUCGUGGGUCCUCUAUGUGGACCAAGGUCAACACUGUAGCUAUAUGAAAUGAAUGACCUUUCAAACUGGUGACAAAUAAAUCCCCUGUGUGUGUGUGUGUGUGUGAGAGAGAGAGAGAGAGAGAGAGAGAGAGAGCGUGAGUGAGGGUGAUGCAAGGAUUGAGACCCAACGAGAGGGGUGAGACUGCUACGCCAUGGAGAGUAAUCUGACGUUGAUGCUGGAGGCUCUCGCUGGUCAGGGUUGCAUCUUGCCUUCUGAACAGCGAGCGGCUUUAGAUAUUUCCCUCAAAAUCAAAAAGCAGGACGCGGGUUUGAGCACGUUGGCUCUGUGGGGUAGAGUGUUCACCCGCACUGGCAACGAUUACAUUCUUGCGGAGGGGACCGUGAGCGCCAAGCGCGUGGAUAGGAAACUGGUCUUCGACACCAAGUAUUACUUCACUCAAGACGGCGUGCUGUGGCUGGAUCUGCAGCCCCCUGAGAACGAUUAUCGAUACGCAUUGUGCAAAAGUGCCAAAGGGCCAUUCACAGGCGACCCCGCUAAUGUGUUCCUGGUCGUUUCCGACCCAGUUGAGCCGUCUGAGUUCGAAAAACUUGUUGAGCCCGCAGUAGCGGGAGACAAGUCAAGCUCGUCCGUAACCGACGAAAAGACGGGAUCGGAGGCGGAUACAGAAGCCCCAUCUGAAUCUGAACCUGAAAAUGAUGAUAACGACGAAGAUCCGCCAGGGGAACCCGGAGAGGCGCAGGUCAUACCAGAUGAGGAAGUCGUUGAGGGGGAGGGAGGAGGAGAAGGCGGCGCAGAGGGUGAAUUGGAAGAGAUUCCUGCUGGUGUUGAGGUCCCCGAGCUCGAGAGAUUAUGUGGGUUGAUGAAAUGGAUUGAUGAGGAGUGUGGGGUGGUUCCGAUUAACUCUCUGGUUCUUACACCUCACGACGACCUUAUCAAAAACCAUGCCUUCACAGGUAAGUACAUUUCUAUACCUGAAAGAGACGCCUCGGUUCUUGAGCAAUUUAAUUUUAUUUCUCUGAAGUGUCUGUCAUUUUUUACAGAGAAGAUUUUAUUGCAUGUUGUUGCUACGCGAAAUGUAGGUCCGAUUUUUUUCGAUGAGCUAGAUUCAUACUGUCAUCUUUUCGGAGGAUAUAUGACUGCGCCGCUCUCUAAAGACCUUCCAGGAUCAUGGGGAUGUCAUGUCAUUCCGCUGCAGAAUGACGUGAUUGUGAAGAGCCUCGUCUGGCCAGGAUAUUUCUCGUAUUACUCGACAACAAAUCAUGACUGGGGAUCGAUUUACUUUGGUUACGGCGAAAAGAAUAAUGAUAUUGGUUUUGGAGUGCCGUGAUGUCGCCGUAUUCUCUUCAGUUAUAUAUAUAUAUAUAUAUAUAUAUAUAUUUUUUACUUCUUUGUAUUAUUGAAUACUCUCAUAACUGCUCUCUUCUGGAGCUCGUCAUCGGUGUCCUCAUUGUCUCAACAUGAUGCAAUUUGUUCCCAUUCGAAGCACAAUUGUAUAGCUUAAAAUUGCAAUGGUGGUGCACUUCGACUCACUGUAGGGCACAGAAAUUUAGUUCAUGCCGUCCGCAUCCGCACGUUUGGGUCCGCACUUGUUUGAUGACUCGACUUAGUAAAAUUUGCAUUCAUUUCUACAUCUUAACAAUGAAAUGACAACCCAUGUGGUAGUUGCUGAUUGCGGCAAAGCAAGAUGGCCGACGUGAUGAAGCCUUCACGAGGGCAUGUUUAACUGACGAGGGAGCUCUUAACCAGAUUUCCGAAUUAGAUACUGAAUUUGAUAUCAGGCA